AUGCCAUCUUCCCAGACUACAGCAACUACCGCCGGUGCGAGCGAGAUCAGCACCAAGGCCGACGCAACGACAGCUGAAUCGACUGCAGUCUCAGACCCUACUUCGAGCAUAUCAGCACCCGAACCCUUCGAGACAUUCGACGUUCUUGCUGUCGGCGGCGGUUCCAUUAAUGGACAAUACAUGAAGCGCGUGGCAAAUGAGGGCUCAAUGAUGGGAUGGAACCCCACAGACAGCAGAAUAGGCAUGAUGCGUCCAUUUAUCAUUGAGCCAGGCACAAACUAUGUCAAAGCGCCGCGCAAUAAUCUUUAUUUAUGCAUUGGAUACGGAGACGGUAACGAGCCCAACUUCGUCACGACAUGCGACAUUUCUACCAGUGGUGAUCCGUACACUGGGUUCCUCAUGUGCGAGCAGAUCACUGAUCGAAAGCUCAAGUGUUCUGUGCCAGGGGUUGAGUGCGUCUUCGACCCCGAUACCGUCUGCACUUCGACUGGUGGAGAGUUUGAUAAGUUUUACACUUAUGCUGGGAGGUCAGAUGGCCUCUGGCUUGCUAUUGAUUCGGGCGACAAGGCUUCUGAUAGCAACUUUCAGCCUAUCGAGCUUGGCAUUACGCCAGAUGAAUCCAAGUAG